GAAAAAUCAGUUAAUGACAACGAAUGUCUGGUUGAAACAGGAGUGGACAGAUGUGAAAUUAAGAUGGCAUCCUGAGGACUACGGAGGAAUAAAACUAAUACGCGUCCCUUCAGACUCUCUCUGGACUCCGGACAUCGUUUUGUUUGAUAACGCGGAUGGGCGUUUUGAGGGGGCCAGCACGAAAGCGGUCGUCAGGCACGACGGCACGGUGACCUGGACGCCGCCAGCAAACUACAAAAGCUCCUGUACCAUCGACGUCACAUUUUUCCCAUUCGAUCUCCAAAACUGUUCCAUGAAGUUUGGUUCUUGGACUUACGAUGGAUCACAGGUUGAUAUCAUUCUAGAGGACCAAGAUGUAGACAAGAGAGACUUCUUUGAUAAUGGAGAAUGGGAGAUUGUCAGUGCCACGGGGAGCAAAGGGAACAGAACGGAUAACUCCUGCUGGUACCCGCACGUCACAUACUCCUUUGUAAUCAAGCGCCUGCCUCUCUUCUACACCUUGUUCCUUAUCAUUCCCUGUAUCGGCCUCUCGUUUUUAACCGUGCUCGUCUUCUAUCUCCCCUCCCAUGAAGGGGAGAAGAUCUGUCUGUGCACGUCAGUACUGGUCUCUUUGACUGUCUUCCUGCUGGUUAUUGAAGAGAUUAUCCCCUCGUCUUCCAAAGUGAUCCCUCUGAUUGGAGAGUACCUGGUGUUCACCAUGAUUUUUGUGACACUGUCCAUCAUGGUCACCGUCUUCGCCAUCAACAUCCACCACCGUUCUUCCUCAACACAUGACGCCAUGGCCCCUUGGGUCCGCAAGAUAUUUCUCCACAAGCUUCCCAAACUGCUCUGCAUGAGAAGUCACGUAGACAGGUACUUUGCUCAGAAAGAGGGGAUUGAGAGCGCCAGGAGACCAGAGUCUUCUCAAAACCCGCUGGAAGCUGCGCUUGAUUCUAUCCGCUACAUUACCAGACACGUCAUGAAGGAGAACGAUGUCCGCGAGGUCUGUGACAUGUUGUGUUUACAGAUGCGCAUCUGCUUCUGUUCUAAGCCUGGCAGAGUAAACGGCAGGACCUCGAGACGGCAGAGGUCGAGGGUCAGAAAUGCCGACGUGCUGCACUGUAGAUCUUUAGCAGAGCUGGUUUCGGUUAGAACAUGUGCAUCGGGGCGUCUCCGCUCGCCUCGCUUCUCCGCCCACGGCAACCUCUGUCAUUCUCACGAGUGA